UCUGCCUGAGCCGUCGGUGGACUCUCCGCUCGUCGGUGGCCUGAACGCACUGGAAACCCAAACCCAGCGUCACCGGACUGGACCGCCUCUCAGCCCGGGGCCCGCCGCCGAGCAUCUGCUUCUGGUAUUCACGAGAGAAGCAGAAAGCAAAGACACGUUUCUACCCUCACACGUCGGGCUUCCAUCCUCUGCCACAGAUCGGGCGCUGGGGGACGGUUGGUGUCAGCGAACUUCCACAAUAGGUCGCCGCCGCCGCGUCGCUCUGACGGCUGCAUAUGUUGCACCGGAGCCCCGCGGUCUGACUCCAGCCCCUUCCAGCCGCGGCCCCGAUGCUGAGGAAUGGAUAGCGUGUCUGUGAAAGGUGGGAGGAUGGUCCGGAGCGACGACCACCCUCAGCCGGAGAGGGACGGUGGUGGUGGUGGUGUUGGCGGCGGUGGCGCAGCGAUGGCCGCGCUUCACCAAUGCGAACUCAUCCAGAACAUGAUUGAUAUCUCCAUCUCCAGUUUACAGGGGCUGCGCACCAAGUGCGCCGCGUCCAACGACCUCACGCAGCAGGAGAUACGCACUUUGGAGGUGAAGCUGAUGAAAUACAUCUGUAAACAGCUGCAGUGCAAGCAGAAGGUGCCGGAGACGGAGAGGCCCGAGGCCCUGGACAGCUACCCACGCUUACGGGAUUGGCUACGCACCAUCAACCUGCGGCCGGAGCUCACCGUGGCAGUGGAAGCAAAGUUGUCCCUGGAUGCCUUACUGCAGAUGACUUGUACUCAGGUGAGGGACACGAUGAGAAGACUCGGGUCCCGCUCAGAGGAAUGUGCCAGACUCGGUGCUGCCCUCUCCUGUCUGAAGGGUGCCACUGAAUCAGGAGGUGAACUGAGGGAAGACAGCGGUCUGUGGAUGUCUGAGCCCACCAGGAGGAACAGUGGCUCGCUACUGACCGCAGACCAGCUAACAGGCCUGGGCACCCCACUCCGUCCUCACAGCCCCUCGCCUCUUGCCCGACCCUCCGCCGUCCACUCCACCCCGUCCACACCCUGCCCCACCUUCCCUCACCACCGCUCGGGCUCCAUGUCGGCGGCGCCCACGCCUGAAGCGCUGGCAUCACACCUCCAUGGCGAAAGCCCCCUCACAGAUCCAUUCCCCAUGCCCUUAGCUCGCACGGCCCGCCUCCACGGACGCACCUCCACCCCACCCAUAACUCCACCUUCGAAGAGGCGUCACCGACUGAAGCCCCCCUGCACUCCUCCGCCUCCCUCCCGCAAAGUGCUGCAUCUACUUCCCAACAUAUCGCUGACGCGCAGCAAAAGCCACGAGUCCCAGCUGGGCAACCGCAUCGAGGACCCUCCCACCAACAAAUGUGUUCGGAGGAACAAGUUGUUCCUAAAUAUGCAAGUCAACGGGAACGGCUGCGAGGACCUGCCCUCUCGCUACCCCACCGGGUCGGCGCGCACGCCAGGGGUCACCCCGGCCCCCACCACAGCACCUUACACUCUGCCUGGCACACCCACCCUAAUGGAAGACUACGGCACCAUUAAGAAUAAUGUAGCAGUGCAUCGCAGCUCCCCACAAGCAGUGAGGAGGGACAUCGGCCUAGCAGUCACACACAGGUUUUCAACCAGGUCCUGGCUCUCCCAGACAUGUCAGGUGUGCCAGAAGAACAUGAUGUUUGGGGUGAAGUGCAAACACUGCCGGUUAAAGUGCCACAACAAAUGCACAAAGGAAGCUCCAUCCUGCAGAAUCUCCUUUCUACCAAUUGCCAAAAUCCGGAGGACUGAGUCCGUUCCGUCUGACAUCAACAACCCGGUGGAUCGGCCCACAGAAGCCCCGCAGUUUGGCACGCUACCGAAAGCCAUUACAAAAAAGGACCAUCCUCCAGUGCUGAACCAGCUGGACUCCAGCAGCAACCCGUCCUCCACCACCUCGUCCACGCCCUCCUCGCCGGCGCCCUUCCAGCAGAGCAACCCCCCCAGCGCCACCCCGCCGCCCAACCCCUCGCCCAAAGGUCAUCGGGACAUUCGCUUCAACUUCCCUGCUGCCUGUUACUUUCAGCAUAGACAGCAGUUUAUCUUCCCCGAUGUCUCCAGUCCUGUUCAUUUGCACCCUGACGUCCUACAAGACACCGUCAGUGGGACAGAGCAAUCGGACGACGUGCACGCUGAGCUGGUUGAAGAUGAAGACGAAGAGGAAGUGGAAGAGGACAUCGAGGCCGAAGAUGAAGACGCAGAGGAGGAGAACGAGGAAGAAGAGGAGGAGGAGGAAGACGAGGACGAGGAAGACGACGAGGACGUCAGGAUGAGCAUGGGCUCCGACGGGGAGCUGGACGUCGACGAGCUGGACGAUCUGCCCAGCUCGCGGGGGACCCAUUGGAAGGGCCCCAUCUCCCGCAAGGCAAGCCAGACCAGCGUCUACCUCCAGGAGUGGGACAUCCCGUAUGAGCAGCUGGACCUCGGGGAACUCAUCGGAAAGGGCCGCUGGGGCAAAGUGCACAAGGGUCGCUGGCAUGGCGAGGUAGCGAUACGGCUUCUGGAGAUCGACGGGAACAACCAGGACCACCUGAAGCUCUUUAAAAAGGAGGUGAUGAACUACAGGCAGACCAGACAUGAGAAUGUGGUCCUCUUCAUGGGGGCCUGCAUGGCUCCACCGCACCUCGCCAUCAUCACCAGCUUCUGUAAAGGGAGGACGCUGUAUUCUGUCGUUAGAGACACUAAAAACACUUUGGAUAUUAACAAGACCAGACAAAUCGCUCAGGAGAUUGUAAAGGGAAUGGGCUAUCUGCACGCCAAGGGCAUCGUUCACAAGGACCUGAAGUCCAAGAACGUCUUUCACGACACCAAUAAGGUCGUGAUCACGGACUUCGGGCUGUUCGGGAUCUCUGGGGUCGUUCAGGAAGGGAGGCGUGAGAAUAAACUCAAACUUCCCCACGGCUGGAUUUGUUACCUGGCACCGGAGAUCGUGCGCAGGAUGAGCCCAGGUAACAACGAGGACCGCCUCCCGUUCUCCACCGCAGCUGAUGUGUACGCCUUUGGCACCAUUUGGUAUGAGCUUCAAGCGAGGGACUGGCCAAUCACCAAUCAGCAUGUGGAAGCUACCAUCUGGCAGGUGGGGAGCGGAGAGGGCAUCAAGAAGGUGCUGGCCGAGAUCAGCCUGGGCAAGGAGGUCACUGAGAUCCUCUCCGCCUGCUGGGCGUACGACCUGAGAGACAGGCCGCCCUUCACCCAGCUGGCCGACAUGCUGGAGAAGCUGCCCAAGCUCAACCGCAGGCUGUCCCACCCCGGACACUUCUGGAAGUCUGCAGAGUAGGUAUCCAGAAAGCGAGGGGGACAAUGUGGAGACGCUGGACACGUGAAAACAAAACCUCACAGUGCAUCUUCUGACUCCUUGUGGUACAAUGGCCAAUAAUAAUGAGGAUCCCAGCAGCGAGAGUGAAGCAGCCUUGGGGUCUUAUUUAUUUAGUCUUAUUUAUAAACAAGAUAUAUAAAAGGAUAUUUGGUUGAUAUAUUUUGUACAUGAUAAGAUAAUAUAAAUGGGUUUGAACGGUUAUAUGUGCUAGUUUCUCUUCAGCGUCACACCUGCCUGAAUGCACUGUCACUGCACUGUGGAGCGUCUCAGCCACCGUUGCCUGCUCUUUAAUGAAAUGUGAACUUUGUGCUUUUUAUACGUAGAUGUUAACUUAUUCUUGGUAACAGGAAACUGAAAUGUCGACUCACUCUUCUAAGUAGUCUGCGAUUGGGUAGCUCGCUGUCAUGGAUGAUUGUUCAGAUGCAGUCAGGAAGAGCAAAAAUAAAUUAUCUGACAUAUGUACAAAGAGACAAAAUUAGAUUUGUAUUAGUUUCUAUCCUCACGCGUGUGUGACACAUUUCUUUGUACUAACUGAAGCCCGGGACAUUAUAUGACACAUCGUCAUCUUAAGCUGACAUUAACUGUCCAACGUGUGAAAGGACCAAAUUAAAACAUUGCAAAAACUAGAAUGACACUCAGAAGAGCAUAAACCUCAGCCCAGGCCCAACUGUCACUUAAUGAAACAACAUUUAAAUUCACUAGAUCCAGAUUUAUAUUUGAAUCUGCAACUAAUUUCUCACAUUUAUAAACAUCAAUCCCCUAAACGUGCUUGAUUCCAUUUUUUUCAUUUUCAACAACUCAUUAUUAUCGGAAAAAUGAACAAUUAUUGAAAAAUGCUUCUUGUGAUUUAAAGAAAUCUGGUUCCGCAGCAAAGAUUAAUCGUAUCCUCCCACCAGGUUCAUGGAAAUCCCCUCCAGUAGCUUUUGUUUAAUCCUGCUAACAAACAAACAAACAGACAAACAAAAACAUAACGACCUUGGCGGAGGUAAAAAUACAUAAAUAAAUAAAUUAAGGACAUAAAGAGAAAAAGUUUGGACCAAAAAACUCUUCGUCAGGUUUUUACCUCUUUUCCUGUCAUCUUCAGGAGUUUGACAGUUUUGUUCAUUUCCAUACCAGACUCGAUUUACUUUUUAUCUUUCAGUUAAUGCAAACCCACCCAUCACAUUUAAUUACAUGUCUCCAUUACAGCUUUGCUUCACACCACGUUCCCUUCUGUCUCUCUGCUUCUUCUCUAUGAUUUGCUUCUUCCAAACAACCUGUGUCAUGUUCACACUAAAGCAACCUGUGACCUACUUUAUUUCUAAUCUCAAAUCAGUAGUUCAGGGCUUCACUUUAGAUCCUUUGUGGUUAAAUGUUAGUUUUGUUUCGGCUGGAUGAUGGUUAACGUUUAAAAGAAAAAGCUAAAGAUGUCUGCUUGGAUAUAAAAAUGCUUAAAUUGAUCUUGUUUUUUCUGGAUUCCACUUACAAAGCCUGAACUUUUUUUUUUUUACGCACUCAAACUAAUCACACCACGUGUGUAAUAUCUUGCUGCUUUUUUUUCAAAUGAUGCUUUCUUCACUUGUUUCACUUCCACUAACCGUCUAACGUUUGUGUUUUUCCCCUUUGCUCUUCCCUCGUCUUUUUUCUUCUUCUCUCUUCUAAUCUAGGUUGUAGCGGGCGCACUGAAACAUAAGCAAUGCACAACAAAGCCUGGGUCUGCCUUGCAUGCUCCUGAAUCCUUAACUCUUGCAGGAUUGAACAAAGCGUUGCCUCUGCCUGAAAACAGACACUGCUUCCACUAAUCCACGGUCUGAUCUUCCGUGUCUAACCGUCGCGUUUCCUUAGAGGGGAUUGGUUGACUGAGGCGUGGCAGGGGGCGGGGCGAGGGGGGGGAUAGCGGGACAACAACCACCACCAUCCUCCUUCGUGCUUUCCCUCCUUUUUCAUAUUUCGUUUCAUAUCUCUUCGCCUUUUUCCCCCCAUUCUCGUUUUUUGUUUCGUGUCUGUGAUGUUGUGCUUGACUCUGAGUAACUGGUGUCUGUGCUGGGACUGACUGGUGGCGCCCUGGUCCGUGCCUGCUGAUGUUCCGCCCCCUGUCCUUCGGCCCCCCCGCUCACCUUUCUCUCUGCUGCGCUGCCAUGAUUGUGGUCGUUCUUAAUAAUCUCACACACGCGUGCACACCGCUGGACGUAAAGUGAACCCUCACUCCCAAAUGGACCGGUCCAUUUAUCUAUGUUUCCCCCCCGAGGGCCUGACACGCGUUUGACAGGCCGCUUGAGUUUUAUCUUCUCAAAGCGACUGCCUCUCUGCUCCUCUCCCUCGGCCUUUUCCACGCCUGUGAGUGACGGCCCCUGCCGACAUGUUGACCUGCCCCAUGUCCAGACACAAUAUGCACUUUGUCAACAGGAGAAAAAUAAUCACAAACUCAGUCUUUUGUUGUUGCUGUUGUUUAGUUUGGUUUUGAAUAGUCAUAUUUGCAGUGUGUGGUUUUUUUCUUUUCUUUUCUACUUGUUGAGGGUCUAUAAGGCUCGGACAGUGUGAUAUGCUCACUCAUAUUUUGUCUUUAAGAAGCAUAACCUGUUACAUUCACUGUUUUAUGGGAUGCAUUUUGAAAACGAGACACCGAUGAAGGUGCUAAAGUCGACAUGAAAAAGAGACAAGGUGAAAUGUCCCCUUCAUCAUCCACAAUCCACACGGGGAGUAGAAUAAUGCUGGUUAUUUAUGAUUAAAGACUUUUUCAAUCGUGUCCAUCCAUUGAAGUGUAAAGUGCACUUUAUGAGAACAUGAGUUCCUUUGGAAAGAUCCUCCUGUCGGGGAGUUGAGAGAUUUCAGUCUGCGCAAAAAAGAAAAAAGAAAAAUCAGGAACCUGGCGCAAAAGUGUCCUAUAUCUUCCUAAAACAUUACCUCUUGUGCGCGCUUGUGCAUACUGUUUGUGAUUGCUGGCUUCAGUUGGGGUGCUUGUAUUUAUGUGUUGUGUGAGUAUGUGUGUGUGUGCAUGUGCGACUGUAAGAGUGUACUGUGUCGGAAUAUGUCGGGUUGGUUUUUGUGAAAGACUGCAGUAAAUGUUGUGUUGUAAAAUCCAAUUGUACAUACAUUAUUUAAUGUAUAGCAAAAUUAACAUGAUUCUUCUAAUAUUUGUACAAACAUUUUAUAUGUAAACUACAUCACAACAUUUUUGAAUAGGUACUGCUAUGGCUAUUACAGAUUUGUAUAUAUUUAUAUUUUUUUCAUGUAUAAAAAAAUACUGUAUAAAAGCUGUACAAUUUUUAGAAUGGGCCAAUACAUGUUUUUUAUGUUACUGUAAAAAUUCAUAUUUUUGUAUUGCAUGUGACUACUGUUCUGUUCGCACAGUUUCUGUUUUCAUCCAUGGAAGACAAUAAAAUGAGGCUUGUCAUGUAA